AUGAAAAUAAGCUUUUGCAUUCUAAACUACUUUGUAGUCCUAAUUAUUUCAAAUAUUUUUAUGUUUUAUAGGAAAAUGAAGCAUUUCUUGAGCUUUUUCUUCGAUUCAGGUCCAAAUAUGGACAUUUGGAGACUAUUUUAUGAGAAUUCAGUUAUUACAGAAAAUCACACUGAAAACAAAAUAUUAAAUCCAACAGAAGUAGGAAAUUAUUAUGUUACCAAAUGCUUUUUCAAUGGAAUUGAAAAUAUUGUUAUCAAUAUUGAUAUCGCUGAUCACACAAAACUUCUUAUUUCUAUAUCUGGAUUCAAUGGCACCAAAACUCCAUCUCAAACAGUUUAUUCCAGAUUUGGAAGUUGUAUUGUCUAUCGGAUAUGUGUCACAAAAUCUAUACAAUCAUCAUCUAAUGAUGGAGUAUUUUUAAAGUCAACAAUAACAUAUUUAAAAUCAAAAAACAAAAUCAUUAUUGAAGAUUCAACAGUCUUUGAUUGUGGAGAUAUGGAUAAAGGAGGUUCAAUUAAUUUUUUAGAAUACGGAAAUCUUAGUUAUUCACGAAAUAACAUAACAAAUAACAAAUGUAAAGAUGAUGUUUCACUUCAAAUUUAUUCAGAUCAGAGAUACAACAUCAGUCAAUCAUCUUUCAUUGAUAACAAAGCAAACUCUAGAUGCUUUUAUAAUUUGUAUAGUGGUCCACAUCAAUUUUAUUUAUGUAAUAUCAUUAGAAACAAUGGUAAUAAAUGUUUUAAUUUAUGGAAAGUAAUAGUUACAUUUGAAUCUUGUUCAAUCAAAAAUAAUAAUUGUCCACAAACAUUUUAUUUAUAUUCAUCACCAAAUUCAGCUACAAUCAUCAAUAGUGAUUAUGAUGGACAAACAACUGAUAAUGUAGAAGUACAAAGUCCAACAAACAAUAUCUACAAUGAAUUAUCACAUCUUUCUACAAGACUUUGUGAAGCAAAAAAUAAAAUUGAAAAUAAUUUUGAAGAAGAAAAUGACAUAAAAAAAUUCAACAAUUUGAAAAAUUUAUGCACCUCUGUAAAUUUUUUCAGAUGCCAAAGUCAUCACAUUCUUGACAUAUCUCUUAUUUCAUCAUAUUCAAUUUUUUCAUUAAUUAAAUAA